UCGGUAGGCGGAAAAGCGGUAGUUCGCGUCUGCGUCUGGAGAUAAGGCCAAACCGGGUGUUUUUAUUAAGCAGCUUCAUACAGGGGAUAUUAAAAACGAGCUCUGAGGCUGCUGGAAUGGCGGUCCCCGCGGGUCAGACAGAUGGACAGAUGGACAGAGGCGGCCUGAGCGGACAGACAGUCUCCUCUGAGAACAACAUUGACAUCGACGAGAAAGAGUUGGAAAACAUCACAAAGAAACACCGAGAAGACGAAGCGACAGCGCUGCCUCUGCACUCCCCGUGGACGUUUUGGCUGGACAGGUCGUUGCCAGGCACGACGGCUGCAGAAUGUGAGUCCAACCUGAAGAAGAUCUACACCGUGCAAAGCGUUCAGAUGUUCUGGAGUGUAUACAACAACAUCCCUCCAGUCACGGCCCUGCCUUUGAGAUGUAGCUAUCACUUAAUGCGUGGAGAGCGGAGGCCGCUGUGGGAGGAAGAAAGUAAUGCAAAAGGAGGAGUAUGGAAGAUGAAAAUACCAAAAGAAAGCGCUUCUACAGUUUGGAAAGAAUUGUUACUUGCUACUAUUGGGGAGCAGUUUGCAGAUUACUGUGCCUCAGAGGAUGAGGUCGUCGGCGUCAGUGUUAGCGUUCGAGAUCGGGAGGAUGUCGUACAAAUCUGGAAUAGAGAUGCAUCUCUUGCUAACGAAGCAAAUAUCUUGGGGAAAGUCUAUGAGCUCCUCCCGUACAUAUCUUUUAAAGCUGUUUUUUAUAAGUCUCACAUGGAGCAUCAUGCCUUUGAAGGUGGACGCUCAAGACAUUAGACUGUAAUGCACUUUUUUUUUUUUAUUUGAACCCGAACUCUGUACCUGCCUUGCCAUAAAGGCGCUGUCCACAACAUGAUCAAGGAUAUUAUUUUACAUUCAACAAAUGUUAUCAAUAUAUUUUUAUAACUUUUAAUGACUGAUGCCUUGUUUCUUUUCAAUGUGGGUCCUAAAGCUCUGAACUCCUCAGAGACUGUAUAUCCAGCGUAAAUGUCCUUCAUUCGUUCAUGUGGGUUUUACUUCCUCCUAUACUGAACUGCACUGUCAUGGUCCUGUUUUCUGCACGGCCUGUGAACCUCACAGUUUAUUCCCAGUAUGGAGGUAGCCCCUACAGAAUCUAGUGUGCUUUAACUGUUUUAAUUAAGUCAGCUCACUCUGUGCCAUAGCACUUUUCUGCCGUGUAAGUUUGCAUCCUAAUGGUGUUUUGUUCAGCUGGGGUUUUUCCUACCUAAUGUCCCAUUUGGCUUCUUGAAACUUCAUCAACUGUACAUCAAACUUAAAUAAGGGUAACACUUGGAAAUAUUGCACAUGACUACCUAUUCCAAUCACAGUGUCCCUCAGUUCUAAAGCCAUCAUAGGGAAUCAGAAUAUAUCCCAACACGGUAUGGCCCUAAGAAAUGCAACAUUUGGUUUCUGACAGUUUUUUUAAUGAGCAAAAUCCAUUGUGAAAGGUGCCUCUUUGAAUGUUCUCAGCCACACCGCUUUUGACAUUUCUCUCCAUACCCGUGUUGAAAGUAGACCCCCUGCUCUAAAUGCAGUCACAGAUUGUUUCGUGUAUUACUCUGCUCAUUUUUGUGCUCAACUAGUGGUGCUCUUAGUACUUGUCUGUGCUUGUUUCCCCAAUCGAUGGAAUUACUGGACCAUGUCCUUCUAACCACCGCACAGAGGAAAAUACCGCAUUGUCUGCUUUAAAGGAAGCAAUACGAGGUCAUGUUAGUCCCAGAUUUUGCAUGAUUUGUCAAACAAGACAGAUGUGGUGAGUUUCAAUAGUCACCGAGUCAGCGUAGACCGCUGCUCCAAAGAAAAGCACACUUUAAACUGUAAGUUACUGACUCACCUGUGUGAUUCUGUACAACCACCGCUGUUAAUACAGAAAAUAGAAAACCCUAUUUUUCUAUCAGAACCCUUUCAAAUGAGACGUUGUCACCCAUGCCGAGAUAACUUCACUAACACAGUUAACAUGUUAUUUUAUUGCAGAGUAGGCUACAGUAAACUGAGUGCUUCUGGUAUUAUCACACAACUUUUAUACCGCAUAUCAACUUUGGACUGGUUGAUAAACUAGUUAUAAGCGGACAAUGUUUCCUUUGUAAACAUGAUUUUUGCAGUGACAUGGACAAAGUGAAUAAAAUGGAAAUAAAAAUACAAUUAUCAUUU